AUGCAUCCAGACUAUAGCGAUAUUGUCAAGGAGCUCCGUGACGAGCUGCUUUGGGAGGAAAAUGACCUUGAGCAGGCCGUCAAGAACGCUCGCAAAUGGGACAUCCCCGAGCUAGACAAGUACGGCAUCAUCUCAGCUAAAGGAUUCCUCGACUUUGCCGACUGGUUGGUCAAAGGCUGGGUCCCUACCGAAUCGACCCAGGGCCGGGACAUCUACUACAUUCUUUGUAUUUUUUAUUUUGUCCUUUCCCAGAAGCCAUUAGGCGGCCGUCAGACCAAAAUCCACCCGCUUAGCAUCGACCAGCCAAUGAAACCUCUCUCUGAAUGGGUAGUAAACUUCUCCAAGGUGGUCGGACAGAGAAUGGACGAAGAAGGAUCUAUCAACGAGGCUUCUAUAACAACAUUUCGGAAUUCUCCGCUUUUCCGUGUUUUUGAGUCCGAGAAGCACGCCAAGGGCUGGACGACUUUCAACAAGUUCUUCUACCGAGAACUUAACGAGGGUCGUAAAAUUGAUGGGCCCGAGGACGAUAAGAUCGUCGUGUUCCCUGCUGAUUCCACUUUCACUGGCGCAUAUGGCAUCAACGAGGACUCCGAGGUUGUUCUCAAGGAGGAAGAGUGGAGAGAGGUGAAAGAAGAGGUGAUUCUAAAGAAUGUACCAUGGAAAGUGGCAGAUCUUCUGGGAAAACAUGGCAGCGAGUCGGUUCCUUCUGAACCAGGUUCUAAAAGCCCCCCACCCACCUAUGGAGAUCUCUUUAAAGGCGGAAUCUGGACUCACGCCUACUUGAAUGUGUUUGACUACCAUCGUCAGCAUGCCCCUGUGUCGGGGACAGUGGAAGUCGUCGAUGUCAUUCCUGGCACAGCCUACCUCGAGGUGCUGGUCAAGACAGACGAGCAGGUUGGCCACAAUUAUUUGGAGCCCUCUCGCCGGAUUGCUGAGGGACAAAAGAAUCCCUCCGGCAUUAACACGCUUGAUAUGCCAGACACUCCAGGCUAUCAGUUUCUUCAAACGCGAGGAUUGGUAAUCAUCAAAAAUGACAACCUAGGCAGAGUUGCCGUCUUGCCUAUUGGUAUGGCUACAGUCUCUUCUGUUGUUAUGAAGGAGGGUCUGAAGCCUGGCGCCAAGAUCAAAAAGGGAGAUGAGAUUUCUCACUUUCAAUUUGGCGGCUCGGACUGUGUUGUCAUGUUUGAGAAAAAGGCGAGAGUUUCAGGUUUUCCCGACUCUGACCCGGCUUCUCGUGAGCAUUUCUUCUAUGGCGAAAAAUUAUGCAGAGCUUACUACAAAAAGCUGCAGCCUAUUUAA